AUGACUGGAAACCUACUCUAUCCAUUUCCCGUUCAAAUCCUUUCCAAGUAUGUGAUAAGUUGUUGUAUCACCUUCCCGGAGAGUUUGGUGCAUAUUUUGCAAUCCUGCUGGAUCACGCAUGAUGCCAGGUGUGCUCGUCAUAAUCGGGUUGCAAGGGAACUUGCAAAACGUCUCCGUCGACUGGGGUGCAUCGUCUUCGAGGAGUUGAGAACCCCUACUUCUACGUCGUUCAUCAAACCUGACCUAAUCGCUGUUCGAGAUCGCCGUGCAACCGUAAUAGACGUUAGCAUAGUCUCGGAUGGGCGUGGAGAGAUAGUGUGGAAUGAGAAGAAGCAGAAGUAUGGUGCUGAUGAACAUUCCCUCGCCAUAAUCUCAGCCCUACAUGCCAUCGGUUGUGAUAUCGACUUUUUGGUUCACCAACCGGUGAUCAUCUCCUAUCGAGGGAUCUGCUUUCCUCAAUCCGCUAAGGCUGUUAUUGGACUGGGACUUCCUAAGGUCGCAGUCAGUGACUUGUGUUUGCUUGCCAUUGUGGGCUCCCUGCCUGAUGAUGAUGAUGAUGAUGAUGAUGAUGAUGAUGAUGAUGAUGAUGAUGAUGAUGAUGAUGAUGAUGAUGAUGAUGAUGAUGACAGGUCCAUCACAAAACGACAACAACUCAGGUCCUCCAUUCUGAACUUUCGGAUGAAAAUGCUGGAGAGAGAACCUGCACUGCGGAGUUUCGAACCGGAGGCCCAAUCAGGCGACAAUAACGUAUAUUCGGCAUGGAUGCGUGACUAUCAAGCAAUGCCAUCCACAUACGCUGAGUGUGCCACUCUUCAAACGAAUGCGAAUUCUACAUGCAAGUGCAUCUGCUUACUUGUGCCACUCUUCAAACGAAUGCGAAUUCUACAUGCAAGUGCAUGCUGCUUACUUUUUAGUGAAGUGAUCGGACCAAAAUGA